UCAACAAUGUUUUCUCGUCAGAAAUGUUUUAAAACUGGAGUGUAUCGCACUAGUGGUUCUGUGGAUAAUUGGAAAUUCAGAGUAACAUUGAAGAAAAUCUACUCUCUGAUAGAAAUUCCUCGAUUCGACCAAUCUAAUGAAGUUGAUCCGUUUGAAGCACAAUCCAACAAUGCAGAAGAACAACUGGAUAUCACUUGGCAAGAAAAAGUGUUCAGCAAGUAUGAAAUCGAAUAUUAUAGUAUCAGAGAGAAUUGUACCACUGAUCUGCAAAAAAGUUAUCACCAUACAAUCAAUGCAUCCGAGUUUACUGAGCAAGAAAAAGGCGGGAAAAUAUUCUCCUACACUACAGCUGAUAACUACGCUUUGGACGAUGAGUUCAGUGUUGCAAAGCGAGCAGUCCAAUCACGUAGCGAGCAGGAAGAUUGCUUUGAAAACAUGUUCAUCAUGGCUGAUCUUGAUACGGAGGUUGUACUGUUCACUCUUAAGUGGAACUCAAAGGAAAAUAUAUUGCUCGUCUAUCCUGAUUUCAAUUGUAUGAGCAUCAAUCCUUACUACAAAGAAAUUCAAGGUGACAGCCGACAAAUGUAUCAUUUUGGAAUAAAAAAUCUCAGUUGUAAGCCAAAACAUACGGGUUCGAAAGAAACUUUUCAAAUUGAUGCCACACUUAUGGAUAAGCUAAACAGGUUAACAUUACGUGAGGAAUUGUCCAAAGAUAAAUUUGCCUAUCCAGAGAACCACCAGCUUCAGUUUAUGAUGCUUUUGGAAAUUCUGUCCGGAAGAAGUUUCUCGUACGACAAUACACAUGUACGAUUCACGUUCGAUCUACCGAUAGAAUCAAAGAUAAUCAAUGGAUUUAUUGAUGGUUGUACUCACAGUAGUAAGAAAACCAAUGGGAUGUGGCAAUAUUCACACUGCCACGAAGUUCUGCUCAAGAUCCCAGAAAAUCAUGACAUUGGUGAUUCCGUUAAAAUUUAUUUUGAAGUCAUUUCAAUUGAUAAGUGGAAACGAGAACGAUUGCUUGGAAAUGCUUAUAUAACAUUGCCUCUCCGAGCUCACAUUUUAGAAGCAUCCCUGGUGUGUUUAAAAGUUGCAAACAACCAAAAUUUUUACGAUAAAUUGGAAGCAUUUUUGGUUGGCGGACGAAGGGCAAUAAAUUUGAAGGAAUUCUUUGGAGAGAACGAUGUGAUGCUACUCAAUCGAUACGGAAGUCGUGCGGAGUUGGCAGGAGAACUGGAUAUCAGGUGUCAAAUAGUUGAACAGCAGAAACCACAAAUAGUUCAACUCACUGGUCACAACACGAAGAAACAUGGUAAAUUCCGAGCAAAUGUGGUUACCAUUGAAGAAUUGCUAUCGUCUUAUCAGAAAGCUCGAGAAAGAUUAGAGGAAGUCGUAGAUCUGAAAUAUUGA